ACGUGGAUCCGGAGGGUCGCAGCAGGGGAGCGUGGCUGUGUUCAGCCAGCGCGGGCCUUACAGGCGGAGCGAGGCGAGUGCGCCUGCGCGCGAGGAAGCGCAGCCCGGAGCCGUCCGCCUUGCGCAGAGCCCAGCCAUGCUGCAGUGUGCCGGGCGGCGGCUGAGCCUGCGGGCGCUGGGGAGCGGGAGUCGGGCGCAGGCCGCGGCCAUGGUGCUGCAGGGGGAGAGGAGGCGGGCGAGCUGCUUCCAGGCGCUGCGGGGCGAGGGCGUGGCCCGCGAUGGCCUGGGGGGGGUGGGCGCUCGCCGGCCUCCAGCCCCUGGCCCGGGGGCUGUCCGAGCGGUGUGCUCCGCCGCGCCCCGGGGUGGAGGCGGGGCCGAGACGGAGGAGCCGCUCGCUGUCGCGGAUUCCCCUCCGGCGGCUGCCUCGCAGACGGAUCCGGGGCAGGGGCUGAGGAGCCGGCGGAGGCGCGCUUGGGAAGGGGCGCUGUCUCCGCUGGAGAGAGUGAGCCGACUGAUACCGCAGGACUUGCUCUCGAAAGAGAUCGGGGCCAUGAGGCUUGCGGACCACGGGGAAACAAGACAGGAGGACCCCAGUGAACACAGAGACUCGCCCCCUCUCCCGCUGCCUGGCUCCGCUGCGACUCCCCCAGCACAGCGGCAGCGAGAUGAAGACAGUGUGCCCCUUAGCACCCGUAACGCAUCCUCUAGAGAUGUUCCUUUCCAAGCCGGAGACUUGAUUUUGGCGGAGUUUCGCAGAAAAACCUACUUGGAGUUUAAACAUAUGUGUAACCUGACAGCUCUCGGGAAGUUGAAUAGCAACUGGGGAGUUAUUAGCCACCUGGAUAUCAUAGGUAAGCUACCGGGCCAAAUGUUUAGGACUUCUAAAGGGUUUAAGUUCCUGAUAAGGAGACCAGCCUUAGAAGAUUUUGUGGUGUUGAUGAAAAGAGGACCUACUGUUUCCUAUCCAAAGGAUAUUAGUGCAAUGCUAAUGAUGAUGGAUAUCAAUCAAGGAGACGCUGUGGUGGAAACUGGUAGUGGGUCUGGUGGUAUGAGCUUGUUUCUAUCAAGAGCAGUUGGGCCUAGAGGACGUGUUAUAAGUUAUGAAAUCAGAAAAGAUCACCAUGCUGUAGCUAAGAAGAAUUACAGGCGCUGGCGUAAUGCAUGGGAAAUAGGACAUGCAGAAGAGUGGCCAGAUAAUGUGGAUUUCAUUAAUAAAGACAUUUUAACUGCUGCUGAAGAUAUGAAAUCUAUAACAUUCGAUGCAGUAGCUUUGGAUAUGCUUAAUCCUCAGAUUGCUUUGCCUGUUUUAUAUCCAAAUCUUAAGCAAGGUGGAGUAUGUGCUGUAUACCUAGCAAAUAUCACACAGGUUAUUGAUCUGUUGGAAGGAAUACGGACCUGCAAUUUCUCUCUCUUAUGUGAAAAAAUCAUUGAGGUGACUCACAAAGAUUGGUUAGUACUUCCUGCUAAGCAGAAGAAUGGCAGAUUAGUCCAAAGAAUAGAACCUCAACUAAAAGAAGAUGAUGAGCUUCCUAGUCCCCAUGAAGCUCAACUAAAAGAAGAUGAAGAGCUUCCUAGUCCGCAUGAAGGAGCAUUUGGAGAAAGUGAUGAUGUUGCAGAAUCACUUUCUGAUUAUGUUGAACCAUAUGGUUCAGUGCCUUACAUUGCUAGACCUUACCCUUGGCAAGCUGGUCAUACAGCAUUUCUCAUCAAGCUGAGGAAAUACCAACUGGUAUAUUCAGACACUGCUCCAGAUGGCAACUCCUAAUUUUGAGUUCUGUACUUUACCAGAAUAAAAUUAAAUGUUGUAAAUGGCUGUUUAAUUUUGUAGACUUGUGAAUUUUUUUAUAUCACUACUUUGAUUUAUAUUGAAUGUAUAUUUUAAUAGUCUAUGUACAAUCUAAGAAAAUAGUAAACUAUGGUACAUCUAUGCAAUACUGUUAGAAACAAACAUUUUGUAAUUUAUCUUGUAAUAAGUUGAAAUCUUGAGUUAUGUUUAAUAACCCCUGUCCAACAUUUCAUUCUUCAUUUCCUGUAAACCAGUCCAUAGAUUUGUCUUGGUUCAUGCAGCUGCUGUUUCUCUCUUUGGAGGAUAUGCUGUUGCAAUCUACCAGAAAUUUAAAAAAAAAUUGUUUACAUGAGGUAAGAAUACAAAUUCUGCCCUCUGCUACAUAUGCAAUGCCUGUUUGAACUGGUAUGUACCAAUCAAUAUCAGUCAGGAGCAAAAUAUGUUUGCAUGAUUUUACAUAGUCAAUAAGAAAUGCAAUUCACAGAAUUUUGGCGCUCUCUCUAUAUAUUUAUUACAAGGCAUUGUUCCAGAAAGAAAGACCAAUUACUGACAAAUUAUUGUAGUCCCAGAUUGAAGACUCUGUGGAAGUGCAAAGUAUUGUAAUAGUGAGCUGAAUCUGUGGCAUGUUCUCCUGGACUCAUUUGCUUAAUUCCUUUUCUGUUAUAAAUAUCACACAACUGAU